AAAAACUUUUUGUUUAAAUUAAAAUAACUAAAAGAAAUAACUAAGAAAGAUUUAGAGUCUUUAUAUUUAUUUAUCUAUAAAGAAGACAUAUUAUUAAUUAGAUAAGCAACAAGCCAAAAUAUAUAUCGAUCAAUGAGCUAGCAGCCUAAUCCUACUGAUAAAAAAUAGCUUGAUAUGAAAUAAGUAACAAGAAUACUUAAAACACCUAGUGAGUCUAGAACAUUAAAAUAAUGCACUGAACUCUUAGAGAUAGUUGGCGAUUUACAAUUUUUUAAGGAGUAUAAUUCAAAUCCUUCAACAGCAAAUGUCCCUAAACUUUGCUGUAAAUAUAUGGAGAUUGAAAAAUUUAAUGAAGCUGAUAUUGUUUUUGAGUUUGGAUCUGUUGGUAAUAAGUUUUACAUUGUACUCUAAGGAUCAGUAGGAGUUUUUGUAAAAAAACCUUAAAGUGUCUUAGAUAAGGAAAAGGAAGAAAAGAAAGAUGAUAAGAAGAAGGAGGCUCAAUAAGAUGCAGUAGUUGACCCUCUUGCUGAUUUUAUGUGUGUCAAAGAAUUAGGUGAUGGUAGUGCUUUUGGUGAAUUAGCCUUACUGAAUAAUAAGCCAAGACUUGCCACUAUAAAAACCCUUCGUGAAACUCAUGUUGCUACUCUCAGUAAAGAGAAUUUUAACAAAAUUCUGAAAGAGCAUGAAGAACAAAAGAUUAUGAAAGAAAUUUAAUUUUUUGAGAAGGUUCCUGCUUUCAAAGACUUUAACUAGAAGUAAAUCAGAUAUUUAUGUCUAAAUAAUAAGACACUUGAAACUCAAAAGAAUGAAGUUAUUUAUGAUGAAAAAGAUCCUUGCGAUUGCAUAUAUGUUAUUAAAGAAGGGGAAUUUGAGGUAUACAAAUCUGUUGAGAAGCAAGUAGACUAGAAAGAAGAAAUUAUGAAAUAAAGCAUUUUAAGCAUGUCUGUCUUAAAUAAAAAUAGUAGCUAAAAAAUAUCAAAAUAAAUAAAGAUUAAGGUAUUGACAACAGGUGAAAUUUGUGGAGAGGAAUUUUUUUUAAAUAAGAAGCAAAGAGAAUUUAAAUUAGUUUGCUGUAGCCUUUCAGGAAUUAUAGUUAAAAUUAAAAUCAAUGAUUUUUUGAGAAAAUUAAAUGAAGAUUCUACAAUGUAAAAAGCUUUUUAUAAAAGAUUUUAACAUAUAAAUGAAGAAUUUUAAGAAAGAGUAUAAAAGAGAAUUUAAUAGUUUCAUGAAUAUAAAAACUUUCUUAUCCAAGACAGUAUCCCAACAAAGAUUAAAAUGUCAAUCGAAAAGCUGUAUCAAAAUAAUGGGAUGUCUUUGGAACAAAAGUAAACCGAAAUUAGUGAAUUUCGUCAAUAAUUAGUAGAUAUAGAAAACCUUAAUAAAAAGAAUGAGUAUCAACAAGCAAUUCUUUCUCAAAUUGCAAUCAGUAAGCGCUAUAAUUAAGCUAAUAGUUUGAUGUUUUAAAAUUAAGUGCAAUAUUUAAAAUAUAAGCGUUUAAAUAUUUUAUCUGAAAGUAUAUCUAAAACUCCAUCUGCAAGAAACUAAACUCCCCCUGAAUUUUAGUAGCAACCAUAAAAAUAUGAUGAUAGAAGGUCCUCCUUCUCAAGUGCUACAAACUAGCUGAUGUAUGAUAAAAGAUUAUAAGAAGCAUUACAAAAUAAGUAGAAUUCGACCCCUUAAAGUAGAAAUAAUAUUCCAAAUAUGCACAAAUCAAUGGUUGAUUUUGAAGAUAUGAUAAAAACACAAACAAAAAAUUCGAAUAUUGAUUAGAAUAGUUAACUCGAGUCUCUUAAGAGUUAAGUACCUACUAUAAGUCCUUAAAGAACAAACAAUAAGACUUCUUUAAUAAGAUAACAAAUUUUUAGAAAUCAAGCUGGACAUCAAUCUUUAGAUAACUUUCAGGCUCUUAAUAAAAGCAAUAGCAUUUCUUAAAAUAACAACAAUUUAUAUUAAAUAACACCACUGUCAAAAAAUCAAUCUAUAAAUGAAGAUAAAAAAUUCAAUGAUCUUUUGUAAUCGCCUAAAAAAUAAUCAAGAGAAUUGAAGCGUGUCCAAAGCUCUUAAUUUUAAAGCUCAAACACAUUCUCUAAAAAACAAUCCUACUUAGAAUAAAUAAACUAAAAUGACUAAGAGAAUUCUCCUUCUUCUCAAGGAGGUUUAACUAAAAAUAAAAGUGCUCUUCUUAAUAACUCAAAGAAUAUGUUAAACCAAAUCUCAGAAUUUGAUUCUUAGAAAGUAGAUAACAAUCUUUAUUAAUUUAAUGUCCCUAACAAGAGACUUAUAAAAUAUACUAAUCCCUCAAAAGAUAAUUUUAUCAGGGAUUGGAAAAAAAAUAAUCAAGUUUUUGAAGAUGCAUAGUAGUAAAGCUUGAUAAGAAAGAUUAAAAAAAUAACAAAUUAAAAUGCUAAAUUUAGUGAUUAUUUUAAAUCUUAGAUUGGAAAAAGCUUAAAUGACUCAAUUGGUUAGUAGACUUAACAGUUGCAAUAAAAUCCUCAAACUUAAAUGCAAAAUUUAAAUGCUCCCAAAUCAGAAAACACUUCUUCUACUAAUACCUCACAUUUACCAUCUCCAUUAAUAUUGCCAAAAAUUUUUGAAUAAUCACCUGCUGGUACCUAAAAUAAUAUAUAAAACUCUCCAAAGACACAUUUUAAUGCAGGUAUUUAUUAUCAGUCAGAAAACCAUGAAAAUGCCAAGAAAGUGAAUAACUUUUAAAUUCAAAAAUAGAUACAAUAAAAAUUGUAAUAUUAAAAUAACAAAGAUGUCAAAGAUAAAAAGAAAUCUUUAUUGAUUGUAAGCUGA